AUGAUCGAUAAUGACUUAUUUUCUAGAUCAGCUUCAGAAAGCAACGGGGCUGUUCACUUAAUUUUGAUUACGAACUUCAAAGAAAUUGAAACUUGUAUGCCAAAUCUAAAUGUGCAGCAGAAAAGUCAAAACAAAAACAAAAAAAUAUCGAUUAACGAACUCCGACUGAAAGCUCAUAAACUGUACCUAGCAUUGACAUCAAAAAAGCUAGAUAUUUUACCUCCGACUUUGCAAUGUCAAUUACCAUCUGGUUUUAUUGAAAGUUCAAAAUGGUAA